GUUCUUUUGGGAUUCGCGAGGAAGGAUAUUUUGGACGGACUCGGUUGUUGCUUACAUCUUCCAGGAUUGAAACUGCUCUGCAGGUGGAGGGAUGAGUCUCUCCCCUGUGAUUGGCACAGAAGUGCCAGAAACAGCUAAUGGGGUUGUGACACCUGUUGCUCUGGAGAACGGUCCUCAUGUUCCUGUCUCUGUGAAAUGUGUGGGGAGCAGAUUACCUGGUCCCAGGGAGGAGACAGUGGACCGGUCCAUCGGACACACAGAGAAUCAUGUUGACGGAGAAAACAGAGUGGAUGAUGUCAAAAACCACUUGCACACAGAGAUGGAUGGUAAUUUUAGAACACCUAGUUUAUCAUUACAAGCUGAACUUCCCAUCACUGAUGUGACAGACUCUGGAGACUCAGAAUCCAAAGACACAGACAUUCCUGAGGCCUCUAAGACUCUGGAUCCUCCUGAUGCAGUUCUUCUGUGGGACUCGGCACAGUGUGGACAGUCCAAAGACUCAUCACAGUGUAGAAAUAAUGCCACCGCAGACAUUCAGCUGACAGAAGCAGACGGAGGCACAGACAGCCGGGAGGAUGAGGCUGAUGGGGAGAGGGAAAAACAAGAUGAAGAGGAUGAUGAGAAGAAUGAGAGCAAGUGGCGGAAUCAGCAUGCAGGAAGGAGAGCAGAGGCGGAGUCUUCCCGACACUACUCCUCCUCAGCCCCUGGUCCAAGUACCUCCUCCUCUGCCUCUCCUCCACCUCCUCCUCAUCCCUCAGACGACACCCCCUGCCCCCCUCACAUUAUGGCCCAGGUCUGGGUCCGCAAUGUCCGGGGGAUGCAGGACAGCAAGAGCCUGGACGAAAUAAGCCAAGCGUGUGGAGGUGGUUUAGGGGCACGAGGAGGAGGAAGAAGUGGCCAGUCAGAGGGCCGACGGGCCACAAUCUCAUCUGCACUGGAACUAGAAGGAACAGUCAGCCAUGAAGGAGACCUGACUAAUUUUAUCACCAAGAACCUGGAGCAGAAGAUCAAAAUGAGCUCGAAGCCCAGUUUGGACUGCAGUGACUCGGACUGUUCAGGUCCCAUCUACCGAAGCCGGGGGUUGUCACGCAGACCGGCAGACAUCCCACCCAUUGAUCCUGCUGUCCUAUUGGACCUCCAGAGACACACCCAGGAAGUGGCGCACAGCGUGGAGAUGAUGAUGCGAAGCCUCAAUGGAACCAUCCAGAAUAUGACGGCUCUCAGUGUGGGCUACAUUCAGACCUACAGAGACUCUGUUGACAGCCUGGGAGAGUCUGUAGACAUGAGUAUUAAGGGCAUGUACACGCUGAUGGCUCGCUGCGAGGAGUUGGAUCGCUCCAUGCAGCCCAUUCACACUCUGGCGGCACAAAUCCGCGACAUCAAACGCACCCUAGACGCUUUGGAGGCCAUCUGCAAGUAACCCCCUCCACAACAAAACGUCCCGGCUGCAAAGAUCAGACAUUGAGCACAUCCCAAACUAGGAUGUCUGCAAGCAGCUCCCUCUGUCACCAGGUAGCACACACAUAUUCUGCAGCAAAGACUCGGUGCACCUCUGGAGUCCCAGAAACCAUUGCUACUAGGCAUGCUGGAUGAUCGGCGCUCAUAGUUCCUGUAUUCAUCGUUUGAAGACGGCCAUGUUUGUGUUGUGAGACCUCAAAUGAAUCGUGCUUAAUUCGCUCUUGGGCUGAGCUUUUCUCUUCUCUUUUUCAAAGCAUUUCCUCUAAUCAAGUUGUCAAGAAACAGAAUCUCAUGAAAUUAACCCUAUUUUGGAGUGACUUGUGCCCUGGACACAAACUGAGAAGAUGGCGGAAUAGAUGCCCCGUUUUUUCCACGUUCACCGUCGAAGGAGUUUGUUAGUAUUCGUCCAGCCUGCUCGGUUCAGAUUGCACUAACCUCUCCUGCCCACAUGGAGGUGAUGUUUCUUUCUCUGUCUGUGGAGAGGCGAGAGAAACUGCUGAGAAGACAGUGACUUUUGCACAGGAACAGAAAGUCUAUUUUUUAAUCUUAUGCAACAGAUUGUUUCACUGCAGGCUAAAUUAGGGGAGAGGAGCGUGUGUCUGUGUGUCUUUUUUAUAUGUUUAUUUAUUCAGUCUCCUCAGCAUGCGAUACUUGUUCAAAAACACUGUGUGUCUGUGUCACUGGGAGCAGGUACAGUCAGUGAAGGGUACUAUGUAAUGAGCUCAGUCAGUACUGAAGCUGUUUCACUCAGAUUCUCUCACAUUGUCCAUCAAUUUAUACAAAGCUGUCAAGCUUUAAAUCACAGGUUUUCUUCUUUAAUGUAAACCAGCCACGACGUUUGAGCUGAAACCUCACUUUAGUCUUCUGAGUCAGUGACACCCAGGAAGAGAAACUAACUGGAAAAAUAUCUUAUGUAGCAUUCACAGAAUAAAUAGUACGAUACUGAGAAACUUCAGGAUGACAUCAGUCAGACUGGAUAUAGACGCUGAUCUUCUGAGAAAAUGCACAGUCACAGAAUCCAGAAUCCAUUUGAUUUCUGAUGAUUCAGUUACAUCAGUUUAUCGUGGGAACAAAUAAUUCUCUGCUUCCUCGAGCCGCACGCUAAAACCUAAAUUGUAACCACAUUCCCUGGUUGUAUGACUUCAAAGCAUGCCAUCGUUGUGAGUAGUUUAAUAAUAAAUACAUUAUCACUUUGAGCACAGAUGGGACUAAAAAUCUGCAAAGUGUUUCAUCUGUGCUGCUUAAAAACACAUCAGCCUGAUAGCAUUAGCUACCCAGCCGGGACUGAGUGAAUACGGUAAAAUCCAAACGCAGUUCUCUCAACUUACAGGCCUCCGUAUCUUGUAGUGAAAAAUAACAUCUUCAGAAAACACCGAAUAAGGUCUCAGAUCAUUUGUUUCAGUGUAUCCUGGUCAUGCCUGCCGUGAAUGUGGCUAUUUUGCUUCGAAAUAAGUCACUUUAAUAAUUUAAUUACCUUAAAAUAACAUUAUUGCGCACGUUGUGAUAACACAUGUCAAACCGAGAAAUGACGAAGAUAGAUUAGAUAAUGGAUUAUUUAAGUGAAGAUUGUUGUCAAUUGUCGAGGAAAAGUGAUGAAAACUCUUCACGGAAGGCAGACGGUUUUUAAUUCAUGAAAUGGAUUGUGGUGGUUCAGUUUAAGUUCUGCCACUUUUUAAGGAAUAAUUUAUGCAAUAGAAACGCUUAGUUUCAAAGCAUGUUUUUGAAUCCAUUAAGCCGCUCUUGAAGCACCGUUAUCGACUCUUUGCAAGCUGAGGGUUGAACUAAACAUCAUGUAGGAAUUAGUUUGUGGAUGGAGCAACAGGUUUUUAUUCUUGUGGAAUUGGGUGAUUUCUUCAAAUUCCUCAUUGAAAACAUUUUUGGAAAAUAAAAUCCUAAAAGUCACAUUCAGUCAAUAAAGGUUUCAGGACAAAAUCUUUGGAUGUGAACAAAAGUGAGUAUUGGUUGAUGUAUUUAAUUUACUCACCAUUAGUUCUCAUCAGUGUCAUUGAAUUAAAUAUAAAUCAUUAUACCUGAUUUCAUAAAAACACUGUGGUAUUGCACUCAUAGUAGAUCAUAGUACGUGUUCUAGAUUUCCACCCAAAUACUUGUACCUAUUUCUUAUGACGGCCAAUGUGUAAUUUGUUUGAUCUAAACCCACAACUGAAGUAGUUUUUGGGAUAUUUGAUCUCCAAAACAUUGUGAGAGCAAUACUGCAAGCAAAGUAAGUACACGUUUUAAUUUCAGACAUGAAAUUGAUGCUUAAAUCUGAUAUUAAAUGACAAAUUUGGAAGCAGCACACCUCUUGACUGUCUCUAUAUGAAACUCUGUACUCUUUCAAGAUCAUUGGCUUUGCAAAAAAUGGCUUAUUCUGGCUGUUAAUGUUAAAUCUGCUGUUUAUCUUCUUGUCAGUUUCCUUAACCUGCUAGGGAAAGUCUGAAAUUUGUUGGGAGAAAAUUUAAACAGAAAUGGAAGCAUCAUCAAGAUAUAGAACCUACACACACACAUACAUAUAUAUAGUAUAUAAGUUUAUGAUCAUCCUGAAUCCUUUGUCCACAGCUAUAAGGAUGUAAAUGCUCUUUUGUAGGUGAAUAAAAUGUCCCAAAAUUGGACAUUUGGAAGCCUUGGUAGGUGUUUUCGAAGUGAGAAAUGAUCCCUGAGAUGAGAGAUGACGAGAAGAAAUGUCUUCUUCUUGUUUAUAAUAUAUAAAAAUGUAUAAUUGGUUCAUUUUCUGUUGUACAAUCAGAUGCACCUGUGUACAUACGAUCUCUUUCUGUAACUAAAAAUGAUUUAGAUACCGUUCGUCUUGAGUGUAUAUUUUAUUGAGAAAUAACAAAUAAAUUUACAUGAGCUGCAAAAAUGCAAA